UUUGACCUAUGAUGAAUACGAGGAGUCGGGGGGUUCUGAGGAGACCCUCCCCAGCUUUAACUCGGCUAUAGUUCUUUGGGCUUAUACGUGGCACUGAGAGCUACAGGGCAUAAAAAAGGAGGCAGGAGGAGAGGCAGGGAGAGAGUUCCUGAACGAGUGACAGACUGACCAUAAAGCUGCCCUCUCUUUCCCGCUCCUUUGGCUCCUGACUCUUCUCAAGAACAUGGCUGGCCACGUCCAGCGGUACUCUGAAGACCGGCAACGGCUUCCGGUGAAAUGUGAUCGAUAAUGCAGGUCUAAAUUGCUCCCGGUUGCGAAGGAAAUGACGUGCAGAUCUGAGACCGAGCCCCUAAAGAGUACUCCUCAAUCUCUCAAUCUGGAAUCCCUACCCAAGAUGGAGAGGAAGAGCCAGGGCUCAUUGAAGCUGGCCUCGAGCACUCUGAUAGGAGAGAAAGACAUUCUUCAACAGCAGGAAGUUCCUCCGGGGCUUGACAGCUCCAGAGAAGACAGGCCCUUGGGACUGGACCCUGGAGCCCUGCCUGCAGAAGCCCUCUCUGCUGCAGCAGACUCGGACCCACUGACUCCUCAAACAGAGGAUCCUCAGGGGCUUGACAGAGCUCCUGCUGGGAUGAGGGGAGACCCUCUGUUGCACUGCCGAUCCAGCAAUGAGAUUGCAGAGCCACUCCAGUCUCCUAUUCUCUGGCAUUGCCCUGACGGGAGCUUUGUCAAGAGGAUCAUGGUCCAAGGCCAAGGUUUGGACAAACCCAAGGGGGGAUCCCAGUGCCAGGUUCUAGUAUCUGGGCUUCCCCCUGGAGUAGGUCUGCCCGAAGGCUGGACAGAACUAACUGUGGGAUCAGGGUCCUGGAGAGACAGUCUCUGGGGGGAGGUAUUGGAGAAAUGCCUGGAAACCAUGUGUUCAGGUGAGCAGGCAGAGCUCUUGCUCCCUGGUGGAGCUGAACCCCCUGCCCUGAUCACCCUGGCCUCUUUCACCAUGGGCAAGGACUCUUGGGAGUUGACAGUUAGGGAGAAAGAAGAGUUAGCUUCAGAAGAGCGAGCUAGGGGCACAGAAUUAUUCAGAGCUGGGAACCCUGAGGCAGCUGCUAGGUGCUAUAGCCGAGCUCUGCGGCUGUUGAUGACUCUUCCCCCACCUGGCCCUGCAGACAGAACCAUCCUCCAUGCCAAUCUAGCUGCCUGUCAGCUGCAACUAGGACAGCCUACCUUGGCAGCUCAGAGCUGUGACCGAGUACUAGAACGAGACCCACGACAUGUGAAGGCACUAUACAGAAGGGGGGUAGCCCGGGCUGCCUUUGGGGAACUGGAUGGAGCUGCUGAUGAUCUACGGAGGGUGCUGGAGGUAGAACCAGGAAACCGGGCUGCCAGAGAGGAAUUGGGGAGGGUGGUGAUUAGGGGGAGAGAACAGGAUGAAGGGCUGGCUCGGGGGCUUCGAAAGAUGUUUGGAUAAUUAAAAAUCAGAACUUAAAACAGAAAAAAAGAGACUGAUGUAAUUUGUGG